AAAAACAAGCAAAUCCAAAACUCAAUGUCUAAAAUACGUUAUCGCAGCUAACCAACAAAAUUUUAUCAACUUUGAAAAACGUCAAUUCUAUGCGGAUGUUUGUGGAACGUUUAAAGAACAUGAUUCAUGCAAUAACAUUACUUCCUUAUUAAACAUUAGUUUGCGGUGUCCGUGCAGCAAGAUGUACAGCCUGUGCAGAUGCAUACUGCUUCUGCUUUUUUAUUUCAAUUACGUGUCAUGUGUCCAAGGUGGAAGGUGCGAGGAAGGUUCAGAGUUAGAAUUGCCGGCGGGUUCCAAACUAGAGAAUGGAAGCUUUGCGAUCAACGGAGUUCUAUACAACAAUAUCACCACUACUUGGAAUGAUCGCCGCAAUGUACACUCUGUCUGCGAGUGCGACCUGAAACCUUGUUUCAGAAAAUGUCCAGAAGAGGUGCUCAGAAAAAACCAUUUGAAACCAAUUUCAAAUGAAACGCGAAUUCAACUUGCCGAGAAAACAAAUAAGAGUCAUCUCAUCAGCGUUAUAACACUACUAGACGAAGAUAUUGAUUGUGAUUUAUUGCCAGAUGUAUAUUCCAAUAAUAGUGGUGGUGAUUUAUUCAGUCUGACAUCGAAGGGAGAACUCAUUUUCCUAAAUGACAGUGAAACUAUGUACUCAAACGAAUUUUGCUUCGGUGACCUUGGAGAGGAUAAAACCGGAGUCCUCAUAUGUGACAUAUUUGAACCACCUAAGGAUCCUUUUAAAAUAUUCAUCACCAUUCUCAUACUGAUCUCUGUCGUGAUGCUGUUUCUUAAUUCCGUUGUAAUUCUAUUGACACCUGAGUUUAAAAAUCUGCACGGUAAGAACCUUGCUUGCCAGUCACUUACUUUGAUGAUUGGAUUGGCUGGGCUUGCUGCAAUAUCAAUCAAGGGACACACUAUGCACAGAACUGCACAAACGUUGUGCAAAGUUAUUGGCUACACCACUUAUUUAUUUCUACUCAGUUCCUUCUUCUGGCUGAACAUAAUGUGUUUCGACAUAUUUUACACUUUCAGAAAUCUUAAGAAAUCUGCAAGCUCUCGCCUUGACUCACAAAAUCAACGGUUUCUGGUUUACUUCGUUUAUUCCACCCUCUUCCCAUUUCUGUUGUGCGUUGUCCUUAUCACAUGUGAUAGUAAUCUCACUGAAGGUGUUUUCUAUCCUGGAUUUGGCAAAACUACUUGUUGGUUUGACAGCAGUGAUGCGCUCGUCGAAGGAUUAUAUUUCCACGGAAUAGUCCUCUUUUUGAUGGCACUGAACUUCUUCUUCAUAGCAUUCGCCUUAUAUAGAAUUACAGAGAUUAGUCGGAAAACUAGGAGGGUAAUGAGAAGAACAAAAAGCACGCGGCACGCUGGAAAUGAUGAUAGACAGAGGGCCAUGAUGUACGUCAAGCUGUUCUUCUUGAUGGGUGCAACUUGGCUUUUUGAGCCGAUUUCGGCUUGGUGCAAUGAAGAACCAAGCUGGUUCUUCCAACCAAUUGAUGUAAUCAAUGCUUCGCGCGGAAUUUUGGUGUUUUUUCUCUGCGUUAUUCUAAACCCAAAGAUAAGGAAGUCAGUUGCUAAGUGGAGGCUAUGCAGAGCGUUUGCCAAUCAAGAACAUCAAGCUUCUUUAAGUAGCACCACAGGUGUUAUGUUGCAGGAUCUACCUGAGUCUAGUAGAUUCGAUUGAUUGAUUUUAUUUUUUAAAUGUCUCUUUUUGAGACUAUAAAGCUUAAAAAUUAAGUCAGCCAUCUCAAAAGUUUUUUCAUAUUAAACGCUCAAUGCAUUAGGUGAACAAAUACAAAGCGAGUCAUCAAUUUAGAGGUGGAAACAUAAAAUAAAAAUCUGACCACAAAAUAUUUAUAAAAUGCCAUAUAUAAACUUAGAAAGGUAAAUUUUGCACCGUCUAUGAAAGAUGACACAAGGGUAUUUUAUUUCGUAAAAAAGUCUCGAUUUUGCAUGAUAAUUAUAAAUCGCAAAAUUUGUAUUUCUGAUAAACGUUUGCUCUCAUCAUAUGUACUUUUUCUCUGGGUGAUGUAUUUCUUUAAAAAGUGAAUUCGGUUAAAAAUUUGAUUUUUAUAUUACGUGUUUUGAACUGAAAUUCUAUCAAAUUCUCGCGUGACCUCCGCUGGCGAGUACAAGCUGACUUCGUGCGAACGAGAGUGGCUCAGUUUUGCGGCGCGAAAUCUGCGAGUGUAUACGCCGCCGCGCGUGAAAAGAAUAGCCUACCUAAAGUGAGGAAGUCGAUCGCAAAGUGGAGUGUAUGCAGAGCAUUCUCAAUGCAAAACCAUCAAAUUACUACAAUUAGCACCCCUGGCAUUACGUUGCUCUCUCCUACUUUCCUUUCUACAAUAACGCAUUAAUGCGGUUUUUGUAAAAAAAUAGUUUGUUAUUUGAAAACCCUAUUUAACCUUUUCUUGAUUGCUGCCAAAUAAGGCAGAGCCACGCGACGUUGUCAUAAUUGUCAGAAGAAAUUAUAAUCAAGCUUCCAUGGUGACCCUUCUGUUGCAAUGCGAAUAAAAAACAAAUUACUUCACAACGAGGAAGCUGCAUUUAAUUUCUUUGUAAAAUUAUUGUAAUAAUUAUGAUAAAUUAAUCCAUACUUCUGCACUUUAUUUGCUUAAAUAAAAGUUUGUUGAA